AUGGAAGCAAAGGAAAAAACAACGGAAACAACAAAGGAAAUAGGGAAAAUGUCAAGUAAAAAGAGGAAGCGGUUUGAAAAAUACUUGCAAAAAAAAAUUAAAAAAGAACAACGUACAAUUUUAUUAGAAAAAUUAUCAAAAUCUUCAUUCUCUUCAGAAUUAAUGAAUGAAAAAAAUACACAACAAGAUUUGAAUUCAAUAGUGAUGGGGAGUGCAUUAAAGCGUGGUCCCGAUGGAGAAUUCUUAAUGCCAGUAAAGAAAAAAAAGAAGAAAAAGGCAAAAAAUAAAUUCAAAAAUUUAGUAGUACAAAAAAAAAUUUUGAAAGACGAAGAUUCAUUUGAUAAAGAAUCAAAUGAGAAAAGAAAAUCAUUCAAAGAAUGGGCAAGGGAACAAAUGGGAAUUAAGGAAAACAAUCAAUUUAAAAUUCAACAAUCAAGAAUGCAAUUACCAAUAUAUGGAGAAGAACAAACAAUAAUGGAAACUAUAAAUGAACAUUCAGUUGUUAUUAUUUGUGGUGAAACUGGAUCAGGAAAAACUACUCAAAUACCGCAAUUUCUUUAUGAAGCGGGAUACGGAAAUCCCGAAAAUAAUCCUGGAAUUAUUGGUAUAACGCAACCUCGUCGAGUUGCUGCGGUUAGUAUGUCAAAACGUGUAGCACAAGAAUUGUCACUUAGUGAGCAGGAAGUUUCUUAUCAGAUUCGAUAUGACGCCACGACGUCACCUAAAACGAUAAUAAAAUUUAUGACUGAUGGAGUUUUACUCCGAGAACUUGCUAAUGAUUUUUUAUUAUCAAAAUAUUCGAUUAUAAUAAUUGAUGAAGCUCAUGAAAGAAAUUUGAAUACCGAUAUUUUAAUUGGAGUUGUAAGUCGAGUAAUAAGAUUACGUAAAGAAUUAAGUGAAGAAGAUAAAUUGAAAAAGAUAAUGCCAUUAAAGAUAAUAAUUAUGUCGGCAACUUUGCGUGUUUCUGAUUUCACAGAAAAUAGAGCCUUAUUUGAUGUACCUCCUCCAGUUGCAAUUCAUUUCAAUAAACGAACUCCUCAUAUUGAUUAUAUUACUGAAGCAUAUAAAAAGAUUUGUAAAAUUCAUACUCGACUUCCUCACGGUGGAAUUUUGGUUUUUUUAACUGGACAAAAUGAAAUAUCAAUUUUAUGUAAAAAACUUUCUAAAAAAUUUCCAAAGUUGAAAAAUAAUAAUAAUAAUAAAGAAAAGGAAGAAGAUAAUUUAAAUGAGGAUAAAGAUAUGAAUAAUUAUAAUAAGGAUAAUUUCGAAGUAGAUAAAUUAGAUAUGGAUGAAGAUAAUCAAGAAGAAAAGGAAGAAGAAGAAGAAGAAAAAGAAGAAAGUGAUAAUAAUUUUGACACUGACUCUGAAGAAGAAUUAUCAUCUGAUAAUGAAUUCGAUGAAUUUAAUGAAUAUAAUAGAGAAAUAGCUCCACUUCAUGUUCUUCCACUUUAUUCAUUAUUACCUACACGUGCUCAAUUACGAGUAUUUGAAUCACCACCAGAAGGAACUCGUUUAUGUGUAAUAGCAACGAAUGUCGCUGAAACAUCAAUUACUAUACCUGGUAUUAAAUAUGUAAUAGAUUGUGGAAAGAUUAAAACUCGUAAAUAUGAUAUUAAUACUGGAAUUCAAUUAUUCGAAAUUACCUGGACAUCUAAGGCAUCAGCUGAUCAAAGGGCAGGUCGAGCUGGUAGAACUUCUUCAGGUCAUUGUUAUCGACUUUAUUCAUCUGCAAUUUAUAAUGAUCAAUUUAUUCAAUUCAGUAUACCGGAAAUAAAUCAAAUACCUAUUGAAGGAAUUAUUUUACAAAUGAAAUCCAUGAAUAUUGAUAAUGUGAUAAAUUUCCCUUUCCCUACUCCACCUGAUAGAAAUCAAUUAAGAAAAGCGGAAAUGAUGUUAAAAUAUUUAGGACGUAUUAUGUCAACUUUUCCUAUUAUUCCUCGAUACUCUAAAAUGUUAAUAAUUGGUCAACAAUAUGAUUGUUUACCUUAUAUAAUUGCUAUUGUAUCAGCUAUAUCCGAAUUAAGUGAAAUUCAAAAUAAAGAAAUUUACCUUAAAGAACGUCGAAAAUUAAUUAAAAAGAAAUUUUAUGAAGUUCAAAAGAAACACGUAGGACUUGAUCCAACUAGUGAUUUAAUGAAAUUAUUAAAUGUUGUUGGCGCUUAUGAGUACGCUGGAUGUACUGAAAAAUUUUGUAAAGAAAAUUUUGUUAGGAUAAAGGCCAUGCAAGAAAUCCAUAAAUUGAGAGGACAAUUAACAAAUAUAGUGAAUAUAAAUUGUCCUGAUAUAAACAUUUGCGUGGAUCCUAAAAUGAAACCACCUUCUAAAAUACAACUUAAAGCAUUACAACAAAUAAUUGUAGCUGGAUUUAUAGAUCAAGUAGCUAUACGUAAAGAUUUAAUAGAUAAUACGACAACAUCAUCUACUACUACUACAACUACUACUUCUUAUACAUCCAACAAUAAAACAAGAAACGUGGCUUAUCAAACGAUGUGGUCAGGUGAUGACGUUUUUAUUCAUCCUUCUUCGAUAAUUUCUCAUUAUGAGAAAUUACCAAAUUUUGUGGUUUAUCAAGAAUUAUAUAAGUCAAGUAAUAGUAGUAGUAAUAAUUGUAUUACUAUUGCUGAACCAAGUUGGUUAUCAAAAUUUGGAAAAUCAUUAUGCACAUUUUCGAAACCAAUUAAACUUCCAAUAAAGAAUAAAGAAAAAUCUUUAUUUGUAACUCCAUUUUUUGGACCAAAAAAUUGGGAAUUACCUAGACAACCCAUUGAAAUUUUUCAAAAGUUAUAA